ACCAUGGAAACCUGUUGUUGAUGGUCUUAUUUUAAAUUGUAGACGGAAAACACGGCCAAAACAUUCUUUGACACGGCACGGUGUAGUUUUAAUUAGGCGUACAUACAUUUUCAUGUAAAAUAGACGUGAAACUAUUUUUGAAAUAUAUGAGAAUUAGUUACUAUAAAAAUGGCAGUUCAACAACGUAAAUCUGGAAAUAAGAAAAAGAGUGUGGAUGUUAAGGAAGAGUCAAGUAAUGCGGCAAAUAGUGGGAAAAGAGAAUUAUCUCAGUCUCAAAAAAUACAAGGGGAUGCUUCAGGAUUUAAAAUGCCAUGGACAAAAAUAGCAUCUCGCUUUUUACUGUCAAUGUUAAUGAUUUUUGCUGUUUACUGGACUUCUAAAAAAGACACCAUGCAUGUUUUUGCUAGUCAAAAACAAAGAUUGCAGCUGACAUCAGCUGAAGUGUCUUGCUCUUCAGACUAUCUGAAAGAUGUUUCAAAAUUUAAAGCUUGUGCUCCAAAGCAUUGUGGAAGAUUAGUUACAGAUAUUGUUAUAACACCAGAAGAGGCUGCACAUCUUUUAAGAGUUGCUAAAAAGGGUUUGGCAUUUGGUGGUUCAUAUGGAGGAGCUUCUAUAUUGGACUUGCAUUCUGGAGCUUUGUCGUAUGAAAAUUCUUUUAUUAAUAUUUAUCAGAAAUUAAAAGCCCUUGACAAAAAUAUUUUCACUGCUGAUGAUUUUAAAGUGUACAGGAAUGUGCGCAACAAAAUUCAACAGAUCAUUGCAUAUAAUUUUGGGAUAAAUGCAAAUAAACUCCACUUAACGCAUCCUACAUUUUUCUCUGAGAUGACACCUCGGGCUGCAAAGACAAAACAUGAUGAGUAUUGGCAUGUUCAUGUUGACAAGGAAACAUAUCCUUCAUUUCAUUAUACUUCUCUAUUAUAUCUCGCUGACUACGGAGCCGAUUUUACAGGAGGACGUUUUAUAUUUGUUGAUGAAGUUAAAAAUAUGACUAUAGAACCUCGAGUGGGACGUGUUUCUGCAUUCACAUCUGGUGCUGAAAAUCCUCAUUUUGUGGAACCAGUUAGCAGUGGAACUCGAUAUGCUCUGACUGUUUCAUUUUCCUGUGAUCCAGAUUUCGGUAUUGCUGAUCCUAACAUUGAAAAAUUAAAAUAAAAAAUACAAUUAUUAAUAACA